GGUGUCAUGGUAGUAAAACUUAACACAGGAGGAAGGUUAACCUAUAAUAGUAUAUAAACAGUCUUUAGUGGGUCUGGGAUUUCCCACUCUCUCUCAGUGGGACUCCUCCUCUCUUGGGCCGUCUUUAGGUCCUCGAACCUUCCGUUGGAUCACAUAGACUCAGGCGGAUGGUGUUCGGUUUCAUGCUUUAAAUCUGUGCUGGAGGCAGUGCGUGUGUGUGUGAGUGUGUGUGUCAGUCAGUGUGAAAGACGAGAGCUGGCGAGAGAGGGAGAGUCUGUGCCCUGUCCCCCUAAAUCUCGCGUGAUUUCCUUUCAGCGUGAGCGCGGACCACCACAGUCUUCUAUCGUGCCCACCCGGACCCAUCACUGGUCUCACGGACAGACGGGCAGGAGGGGGGACACCGAGCCGGGGACAAAAGGCUGACCGCCCGGCACCAUGGAGCUCAUCAGCCGGGUAAGAUCGGAGCGGAAUCCGGGUCAGUUCGUCUCAGACGGAUUCGUGUUUAAUUGUCGCCGUGAUGCUCCCGGUGUGGAGGGAACAGAACCGGGCUUUUUUCACGGCUGAAGGGAGCAUGAAGAGGAGGUGAGAGGAGGAGAGGAAGCGAGAGAGGAGAAGCGAGGGAGGAGGAGAGAGGAGGAGAAGAAGUUUGAGUGAAUUUGUCCUUAAAGGGAAAUAGAGAGAAAUGCAUGAGAGAGGGACAGUGUCCAGUGAAAGGGCACAUUGUAACCUGUGUGUGUGUGUGUGUGUGUGUGUGUGUGUGUGUGUGUGUGUGUGUGUGUGUGUUGUAUAAAUUAAGGUAGUUUUCCUACCAAAGAUCAGGAGGAGGUGAUCUGUAGACCCCUGAGGAAAAACACACAUUUGAAUAUUUCAGUCUGAGUCUCCAGUUUUAGGUUUUUUUUUUUACCUGUUUUCAAACCCAGAGAAACUCGAACCUCACAAAAAUGUAUUUUCAUCUAUUUUUAAGUGUUUUUGUGCACGUGUGUGUUUUAGUUGUGUGCGUGCCAAAGUCUGUGGUUGCAGAUUCCUCUGAAGAGGCCGGCCUCCAGUCAACGUGGAGUUCAGAUUUAAAGCUGGUGGAAAGACACACACACAGUCACACACACAGUCACACACAGUCACUCACUCAUGUCGACAACAACAACAAGAGUUUAUCUGUGACACGAAGAGCUCAGGGAUUUUCUGCUUUAGCCCCGACUGUCUGUGUUUUUCCCUGGUUUUAUUAAGAGCCUCAUCUUUUCCACCUUCUCCUUUGACAGCAGAUGUUUUUAUGGGACAGACAAUAAGGGGAGUAAACCCUCCAACAGGCAGCUCCCACCCACCCACCCCCACACACCCGCCGUUUGUUCACAUCUCCGUGACAGCUGAGUGCCCCCGGGCAGAGCCGCAGGUUCCCACGGCCCCGGGACGACUCACUCCGGCCAAAAACCAUUUAUAGCACAUAUUUCAUAAAUGCCUGUUCUCAUAUUUGUACUGUAAAAUAUGUCUGUACAAGUUUAAGUGCUGCAGGAACUACAACAACAACACUGGGAGGAGGAGGAGGAGGAGGAGGAGGACAUUCAGCACCAAAACAAAACAGGAGCUCCAGUUUAUUCUACAUGAUUCAAUCUCUGAUUUUUUUUAUUCAUGCAGUCACCUGAGGACGCGCUGAGAACAUGCUGUUUGUUAAAUUAUUGACUCGGAGCAGUUUUAGACCAAAGCUGAAUCUGAUCUUAGCUCCCCUGAAAUAACCCGAGUGGAUGUUAGGAGUCAUGGCGGUGAGUGGAGUGAAGGGUUAAAAUGGCGAAGGUGAAAUCUUACUAAGCUCUAAAACCUCCUCCUGUUUUUAUUGAUUUACAGAGCUGACCUCUGAGCACAAAAACCAGCCUGUCAAAGUCAUCAGCUGAUAUCACCUUCAUCAUGUUUUCUACCUUCAUUUAAAACAUGCUCAUCGUUUCUACGCAGGAUUAUUAGAUUGUAGCGUACAUGGACUGAUACAUGCCUUUUUUAUUGCAUUAUUAUAAAACCUUCACUCGUGUUCAGCUUCUUCAGUUAGUUUGAUUAAAGGGAUAUUCCGGCGUAAAAUUAAUUUAGGGUCAAACACACCGUGACAUCGAGUUAGACACCCCCUCCAGAGAUGAAUGUUGCCGACCGAUUGCUUCUCUAGUUAUACCAACUUUAGUAACGACCGCAGGAUAGCAAUACAGAGAGCAAAGCGCUCAACCAAAACGCCACUCUAUAGCCACAAAUAAUGCUCAGAACAGCACCUAACUUCAUCAGCAGGACAUAAACACAACUCAACUACUCUCUUCCAGCAGCCGCUCGUUUGUAGCGAGAACUCAGGCCAGUCCAUUACUGAACUCAGUGAUGAAACUCAAAUUGGAAGAACAUUUAUGAUCAUUUCUUGAAUGUUGUGGGUUCUCCCAUAAAAAAAAAAUCAAUAUGGCGUAGUCGAGAAGGUACAUUUUAGGUUUUUUUUUAAAUUCCACCAGUCUCCACACAGUGCAAAAAAUAUGUACAGUGUCCAAAAACUAUUUACAAAAAUAUACAGUCACCUGAAUGAUAGGCUCACACUGACAAAUGGGCUCUUCAAUCACAGCUUGAGCCACCAGCAAGCUCAAAAAAACAAAAAACAUGUGCAUAAGUUUGGUCUUAGUCACAUUUCCUGUAUGUUUCAGCUGCAGCUGGCAAACAGGAAGCACCUUCUUCCGCCGUAGACAACCACCAUGGAGCUCAGAUAACUUCCUCUCGUGUUCUCCAAUCACGGCUCUGGAUCUGGCGUAACCAUGGGAACAUGGCGUGGUCUACGCGUGGCGUUCAUCCUGGGGUCUUUGUUUAUGAUCCUGCUGAUCAUCGUGUACUGGGACGAUGUCGGGGGCUUCAACCUUUACCCGCUUCAGGACCCCAAACACAAGUCCCUGCACUCGGACCCUCAGGCCACUACAGGCCCACCGCAGUCUGGGUCCACCAGCAGAGCGGGGACCAGUUCUCCCAGUACGGUCCACACGACUGCUGCUGGUCCAACACUGGUGCCUGUGGAGAAAGGAGGGAAGGAAACACAAGGAGGAAGGACUGAGGAGAUAAGGGAGGAGGAGGAGGAGACAAGAAGGAGACAUGCUGCUGUGGAGGAAAGGGAACAGGAGACAAGGAAGCAGAGGAUCCUGGAUGUUUGUUCCUCAAGGAAGGAUGGACUCGAUUUCCCAGGAAGGACCCGGGCUUUUGAACAGAUCCCCAACAGAGAACUGGACCACCUGAUCGUGGACGACACUCAUCAGAUCAUCUACUGCUACGUUCCAAAGGUACGCCGUACGUUCAGACCUGUUUCGUUUUCAUUUUCAUGCUUUAUUUCAUUCAGUUAAUAUUUCAAACAUUCAAUACAAACAAGGAAAAAUCUCAAACAUGUGAAUAAAAGGAGCAGAAAGAAGAAAACUCUUUCAUAAGAUAUUAAUCAACUAAACACACAAUAAUAAAAAUAAACAAGAGCUGCAGGCCAACAUGCCUGUUACAGUUCAUUAUUUCUUAUUCUCAAAAACAAACAGAAAAGACCACAUUAAUUCACAUUUUUCCACAAAACAAACAGACCAAGACUUAGAUGAACACAUUUCCCUGUAUUUACUCAACAUACUGGCUUUGACACUUUUUGUAAAGAUCAAAUCUGAUUUGUCUUCUUUAGUUUCUUUCUUCAGAUUGUUCCACAAACGUAUUCCUCUCACUGUAACACAGCGCUCCUUCAGUUUAGCUCUGAAUCUUGGCUUUUUAAAUAUUUCAAAUCCUUUUAAAUUUUAAUAAAUUUUCUCUUUUUUCAAAUUGGCUCUGGAUGUUGACUGGUAACAUUUUCCUAUGAGAUUUAUACAUAAUCUGCAACAAACUGAAAUCUACUCACUCACUGAAUUUCAAUAACUACAAUUUAAAGGAUCUCUGUAUUGACUUCUACUAAUAAUUUGUAUUGCUCUUUUUUGUAAAAUGAAAAUUGGAUGGAUGGAAGUUUUACAUGUACUUCCCCACACUUCAACACAGUAGGUCAGAUAAUCAAAUAAUACAAGAGGUACAAAGUUUUAUUAUUAUCUAAUUAGUCCUUUAUUUUGUUUAACAUAGCAAUCAUUUUUACUAUUUUCACUUUUAUUCCAUUAUUCUGUGAUUUCCAGGUUAAUUUAUCAUCAUUAAAAACACCUAAACAUUUUAUUCUAUUUGCUCUAUUACUUUUAAUACCUUUAAUAUUUACUGAAGCAUCAAUGUUCUUGCCUUUGUUACCCAACAGCAUAAAUUUUUUUUUUCUUCAAUAUUUAAGGAUAAUUUAUUUACAUCAAACCAGUUCUUGUUCAAGAGUGAGGGUAGGAUAAAACGGGGGAUCGACAGGCGGAUCGGAGCGGCGUCAGCAGUGAUGCGGACGCUUAAUUUAAAUAUCUCCAUGUGUGUUUUGUGUAUGUGACCAAAACUCUUUUUUUAUUCAUUCUAGACCAGGAAUACUGGUGCCUGAUACAUGUUUUUUUUCAUCUAAUAUUCUAAUUAGCAUAUAUGUGUGAUAGAUAAGUGAUUACAAGUAAAACUCAUGGAGAUACACAUGGAGAUAUUUGAGUUUUUAGGGGUGGUGAGAGUAUUUUCUCAUUUACAGAGUCAUAAACAGAGAUAUCCAAAGUCCCCUCCUCCCCCUCUUCUGACUCUAGUAUGUCAACAAAAUAAAACAAGAAUUUUAAAAAGGGGCUUUAUCCAUUGUUCAGUUUUAGGUUCUGUAAAUGUAUGUAAAUUAGUGCAUAUUUAAUUAGAUAUAACCUCAUUUACAUACUCAAACAUAACAUUUGACAAAACUUGUAAUAUAAAAAUAUUUGUCUUAAUGUAAGUUAUAAACUUGGGAAGUUUCAUGGUGAUAUCUGUCAGUGAAAAAAUUGACCCUAUUCACCUGAGGUGUCUCCCUGGGCUUCCUACCAUCAUGGACGCCAUCUUGAAAAUGACGCCUUUCUAGUGGUCAAACUUCGGUACACUUUUAGUUUGUUAUUAAGGACAUCUAAUACUAUAAAAAAACAGCUGAGAAACCUUUAGUUAGAAUAUUUUUAAGGCUAGGUGUUUUUUUUUUCAUUUAUGCACCCGCCCGUUUAUAAAGUGUGAGGAAAAGUCAGAAACAUCCUGAAACCACGGCUCAUGUCUGGACGGGUCAAAACUUGACUCAUCUCUCCUUCCCUCUGACCUUGUCUGUCUUCCUCCUCUCCUUCCCUCUGACCUCCUCUCCUUCCCUCCUUGUCUCCUCUCCAGGUAGCGUGCACCAACUGGAAGAGAGUGAUGGUGGUCCUCUCUCAGUCGCUGGUCUCACCCUCCUCAGGAAAACCUUACACUGACCCCGAGGCCGUCCCUCCAGACCUCGUACACAACUCCUCUCUACAUCUGACUUUUGCCAAGUAUGACUGAAUCACAGAAACACGCACACAACCACAAACACACACUUACACAUCUGGGCUCAGGUGACAGAUUUUCACAGUCAGUGUUCUACUUUUCUCUCAAACAAGAGCAUCUGUUUUUGAAUUUUCGGUAUUUUGGUUCAUUUUUUGGCACUUUUUAUGUAACUGGUUUGUCUUUAAAAACUGAAAACUCAAGUUAUCUAACAGAGCUGGAGAAAAACAAAUAUAUGAAGGUCUUCAAGGGUCUGUGGAGCUCUUUAUUAAAUAACUCAUAAAAUGAUCUCCUCACCGACCCACAUGGACGCAAAGAGACUUGUUAAAAGAAAAAACAACCUUGUUACCGUGACAACAGCAGAGGAAAAUCACAGCUAAGUCAGGAUGUCCUUGGAAAAGUCAAAAACAAACUCUGUGGUUGUGAUGAAGUUGAACAAAGUCUCCGUUUUAACCUCAAUGAUCAGAGCUGUGAGUUCAAUUCAGAGGCUAAAGACUCGGGUUCGACUCCUUCACACUGGGCCAUGAUCUUUUUGAUUACAUAAGUCUUUGAUAUUCAGUGGAAACUGAGCUGGAAGUCUCUGUGGUCUCAGAGUUAUUUACUGGGCUGGGUCUUGGAAGAGGAGAGUGGAAACGGCGGGCUGGCGGGCGGGGCCCAGAGCUGCACAGACGGACCUUUCUCCGGUCCCGGGGUCAGCCGUCUGUGUCUGCAUGUUUGUUUCUGUCCUCCUCUGGAUCCUGUGACAUAACGGGACCGCAGCAAAAACCCUCACUGGGACAAACACCAGCUUUAACACUGCUGCCGUCUGUGUGUGUGUGUGUGUGUGUGUGUGUGUGUGUGUGUGUGUGUGUGUGUGUGUGUGUGUGUGUGUGUGUGUGUGUGUUUCACAGGUUUUGGCGCCAUUAUGGUUCCCUGUCCCGCCACCUGAUGGCGCUCAAACUCCAGCACUACACCAAGUUUCUCUUUGUUCGGGACCCUUUUGUUCGUCUCAUCUCAGCCUUCAGGAACAAGUUUGGAAGGUGUGUGUGUGUGUGUGUGUGUGUGUGUGUGUGUGUGUGUGUGUGUGUGCAUGUACCUUGAAUCGAGCACCAAGAAUGUCCUUGAAUGUCUAAAGUAUGCUUUUUGUGUGUGUGUGUGUGUGUUUUAAGGCCCAAUGAGGACUUCUAUAAGCAGUUUGGCUCGGUCAUGCUGCGUCGCUACGGUAACGUGUCAGGUGGUCUGCCAGAAACAGCAGCCGAGGCGUUUGCAGCAGGAAUCAAACCGACGUUUCAGCAGUUCGUCACCUACCUGCUGGACCCGGAGACGGAGAAGGAGAGCAUCUUCAACGAACACUGGCGGCAGGUAGUCAGAGUGACUGAAUGAUCAAUAUCAUUUAUAUAUUGGUCAUUGAUACCUUUAUUGAUAGACGUGUAGAGAGAGAUAGGAAACAUGCAGCGGAUAAUAAAGGUCAGACUUGAUCCUGCGGCUAAAUCAGCACCUACAUCUGUUUUUUUUUUAAUGACAGUACUGAUGUUGUCUUUUCUUCUUUUUACUGUGUAUAAAAAAUAAGUUUAAGAUAUAUAAUGUUUAAUAUAUGUAUGGUAUGAACACACAGAAACACAUACAGAGGUAGAUGUUACCUCUGUAGUGUUAAGGUCGAAGCUCCUGCCGUUUUAAAUUUGCACAUCUUGUUUUUUUGUGUUUUUUUUUUUUGCAGGUUUAUCGUCUGUGCCAUCCAUGCCAGGUGAAAUACGACUUCAUCGGUCGACUGGAAACCCUGGAAACAGACGCCGAGCACCUGCUGAAGCUCCUGGAGGUAGAUCAUCUCCUUCACUUCCCUUCAGGAGCUCGAAACCGCACUGCAGCCAGCUGGGAGAGAGACUGGUUUCGAGAGAUUCCCACCUCCAUGAGGAGAGAACUCUACAAACUCUACCAACCAGACUUUGAGCUGUUUGGGUAUCCUAAACCGGACAGCAUGCUCCACCUGUAGACCUCAUCGAGCCAAAGGCCCGGGAGCUGCACCGUGUGCAGAACCCACACCUCCCUCACUCGUGCACAGCCAGUGUUUGCCUUUAAAGACGUGUCUGUGAUGCUGUUUGGUUCAUUCAUUUUGCGCAUACCUCAAAUGACAGAAGUGCCUGCCAGUAUUAUCAUCAUCAUCAUCCUUAUCAUCACUAUCAUUAUUAUUAUUAUUAUUAUUAUUUGUCAUCAGUACAUAUCUGAAGCACACCUGCUCAGACCGUUCUUCAGCGUGUUUUUCUUGCAUAAGCACUUUGGUCGUAUUUUUGACAGUCAAGAACGGAAAAACAGUCGGCUGACAUUUCUGAAGGGAAAUAAACAUUUUUUUGAACUUGUGACUGACUUUUGUUCACAUAAAAAGGUAAAGACAUUUACAUCUUUAAUCUUCCAUAAUUGUAAUACUUUCAAUUUUCCUGCUAAUUUGAGUUCAGUCCAGGAAAAAGUUCAAGUUCUUUGAACCAAAGAGGAAGAUUAAAAUCAAGGUGUCUUUGCCUCCCUCUUCUGUCCAAUCUGUACUUUAGAAACACGUGAAGACACCUACGUUAGAUUUUAUUAAGACUUCUUGAUUUGAUUUUAUCUUCAUAAAAAGUCCAAUCCAAUUCAAAGUACAUAUACUGAAUAUACUCUUUAAUUUAUUGAAGUAUUUCUAAUGACAGGACACCAAACAGCAGACAAAAAGAAAACAACAGGAUCAGCAGAAACAGAAAGUUUAUCUGUUCCAGCCUUUUCCUGAUGAUAUCAAACCAUGAAAAAAAUAAAACUUCAUCAUAGAAAUCUCAUUAACAACAAAACAAAUUUAUAUCCACAGUUUUUAACAUGCUUCUAGAGCUCUUCUAUUUCAUGUUAGUCCAUCAAACUGAGAUUUCUCAGUAGUUUUUCUGUCAGGUAGACUGUUUUAAACUUCACUGUUCUUCAAUCAUAAACUUCCUCUCUGUUAGUGAACAUCUGAACAAAUGAAAGUCAAUUUCAAUGUCGCCCCUUCAAAAUAAAACUUUGCCAACUAAAAA